AUGACUUCACUUCGCCUGCUCUAUAUUCUGACUCCCCCAGCAGCAAUAGCCUACUACAUAGACCGUGGUCUCAGCAACCUCGAGAGGCGAUAUCCCGCUCUCCCAGUGGACGACUCAACAUGCAGUGCGGCGCUCCGGACGCCAAACCGUCCAUCCACACAACACACGCCACAUAUUGAAGUUUAUUGCACUCAUAUUCCCUUCGAGCAAAUAUCGUUGCACGCAUUUAAACCAAACUCGCCCCACACCUCAUGGUUCGUAGCAAGCGUGAAGGCGAACUUCGGUUUAAGAUGGGCCUUUGCUGUGUUCGACACUCCUAUUCUCCGCUGGAACGAUCUUAUAGCCGGCUUCAUCACUAAGCGCCAGACUGAUCGUCUUGACUUUCUUUCUUCGCAAAUCCAUCUUGAUAUGCACUCUGCUUUCCCGAUCACCGUUGGAAUUGACAAGCAUAGACACACCAUUAUGGGCAUCGAUAAAGAAAGAUGGGCGAAGAAAGAGAAAGCAAAGUUCCUCCUCGACAUUCUGACAAUCGAGCGUUCGCCAUCAAUGGCUAACCCCCACGGUUUGUUGGUGUCGUGGAAAUGGCCCGAUGAGCUACGCUUGUUCUUUGAGAAGGUUGCGCGUUGGGGAUAUCCAUGGCGACUUAUGUCUGGGGGGAGGUAUGAAGUCAGCGCCUCAGUGCCUUUCCUUGUUCCCGGGCGCGAGGACGAAGGUAUGGUCGUUGAGGUCCGGCUUGCAUGGGCACACGAUUAUGAGGUCGUUCCUAGGGAGGGAGAUCUGGCGAGCCAGAAGACGAUACCAAAGUUGGCGUCUAGGCUACAGGGGGCAUAUGCGAGGCUAAUUUUGGCCCAGGCUGUGGAGAGACUGCCCAUCCAUAAGGCGAACACAAUAGCACAGAUGCGAUCAGGUACCUCCGGUGCUUAA